AUUUAUUAAGCGGAUCCACAAGAGAGAGAAAAAUAAGCAACGAAACCAAACCAACAGCAGCCUACGGUGGAAUCCAAAGAUGGAUAAAAAGCCGCGCAGAAGUUUCCGCCCAGACGUUUGAAAUCCUAUAGAUGUGGACAGCGUCCCUGAGAGCUGAGCGGGGCACACAGGCUGAGCACUGAGAAGACGCAGCCUGGGACAAGGCUGGUCCUGCCUCCUGGGAUCCGGGAGUGGAUCGCAAACCCACCAGCACAAUGAGCGAGGAGCCUGUCCCCGAGGCCGCCUCCCCGCCGCCCCCGCAGGGCCAGCAGUACUGUGACCGCUUCUCUGAGGACGACCCCGAGUACAUGCGCCUCCGCCACCGCGCGGCGGACCUGCGGCAGGACUUCAACCUGAUGGAGCAGAAGAAGCGCGUCACCAUGAUCCUGCAGAGCCCGUCUUUCAGGGAGGAGCUGGAAGGCCUCAUCCAGGAGCAGAUGAAGAAGGGGAACAAUUCCUCCAACAUCUGGGCCCUGCGACAGAUCGCGGACUUCAUGGCCAGCACCUCCCACGCAGUCUUCCCAACAUCUUCCAUGAGCUUCUCCAUGAUGACACCCAUCAAUGACCUCCACACAGCCGACUCCUUGAACCUGGCCAAGGGGGAACGGCUCAUGCGGUGCAAGAUCAGCAGUGUCUACCGACUUCUGGACCUCUAUGGCUGGGCCCAGCUGAGCGACACCUAUGUCACGAUGAGAGUCAGCAAGGAGCAGGACCACUUUCUCAUCAGCCCUAAGGGAGUUUCUUGCAGUGAAGUCACAGCAUCCAGCCUGAUCAAGGUGAACAUCCUGGGAGAGGUGGUGGAGAAGGGCAGCAGCUGCUUCCCAGUGGACACCACGGGCUUCUGUCUGCACUCGGCCAUCUACGCCGCCAGACCCGACGUGCGCUGCGUCAUCCACCUGCACACGCCGGCCACGGCCGCGGUGUCAGCCAUGAAGUGCGGCCUCCUGCCGGUCUCCCACAACGCCCUGCUGGUGGGGGACAUGGCCUAUUAUGACUUCAAUGGUGAAAUGGAGCAGGAAGCGGAUCGGAUCAACCUGCAGAAGUGCCUUGGACCCACCUGCAAGAUCCUGGUGCUAAGAAACCAUGGCGUGGUUGCUCUAGGUGACACCGUGGAGGAGGCGUUUUAUAAGAUCUUCCACCUGCAGGCUGCAUGUGAGAUACAGGUGUCCGCUCUGUCCAGCGCCGGGGGAGUGGAGAACCUCAUCCUCCUGGAGCAGGAGAAACACCGACCCCAUGAGGUGGGCUCCGUGCAGUGGGCAGGCAGCACCUUCGGGCCCAUGCAGAAGAGCCGGCUGGGGGAGCACGAGUUUGAGGCCCUCAUGAGGAUGCUGGACAACCUGGGCUACAGAACAGGCUACACAUACCGCUACCCCUUUGUGCAAGAGAAAACCAAACACAAAAGUGAGGUGGAAAUUCCGGCCACAGUCACAGCCUUCGUGUUUGAGGAGGACGGCACCCCGGUGCCCGCCCUGCGGCAACACGCCCAGAAGCAGCAAAAAGAAAAGACCCGCUGGCUCAACACGCCCAACACCUACCUGCGGGUCAACGUGGCUGACGAGGUCCAGAGGAGCAUGGGCAGCCCCCGGCCCAAGACCACAUGGAUGAAGGCUGACGAGGUGGAGAAAUCCAGCAGUGGCAUGCCAAUACGGAUCGAAAACCCAAACCAAUUUGUGCCUCUCUAUACCGACCCCCAAGAAGUGCUGGACAUGCGGAACAAGAUUCGAGAACAAAACCGACAAGAUGUGAAGUCAGCGGGGCCCCAGUCCCAGCUCCUGGCGAGCGUCAUCGCUGAGAAGAGCCGAAGCCCGUCUACAGACAGCCAGCUGAUGGCCAAGGGCGAUGCGGACACCAAAGAUGAGUCAGAGGAGACGGUGCCCAACCCCUUCAGCCAACUCACUGACCAGGAGCUGGAGGAAUACAAGAAAGAGGUGGAGAGGAAGAAACUAGAACUGGAAGGAGAGAAAGAAACCACUGCAGAGGAGCCCGGCUCACCUGUAAAGUCAGCACCUGCUUCUCCAGCACAGAGUCCAGUGAAGUUGGAGACAAAGAGCCCUGUGGUCUCUCCCUCCAAGUCUUCAGGCGAAGGUGCUAAGAAGACAGAAACAAGCAAAGCCACCACAGAGCCCGACACAACGCAGCCAGAAGGGGUGGUGGUCAAUGGGAGGGAGGAUGAACAGACCGCAGAGGAGAUUCUCAGCAAAGGCUUAAGCCAGAUGACCACCCAUGCCGACACGGAUGUUGACACCUCUAAGGACAAAACCGAGUCGGUCACCAGCGGCCCCAUGUCCCCAGAGGGCUCACCUUCCAAAUCUCCCUCAAAGAAGAAAAAGAAAUUCCGAACCCCAUCCUUCCUGAAAAAGAGCAAAAAGAAGGAGAAAGUGGAGUCCUGACUCACAGCACCUGGGGCUCCCUCUGCACCCUCUCUCCCACCUUCCCUUCUCCCAGCUCCGUCCCUGGAAGCACAGGGCCAAGGAGGGAUAGAGUAGGAUCCUGGACCACACUCUCAUGGGGAACAUAGAGAUCGCCCGACUAACCCCCCAUUUACAGUUGCCCCAGAGAAAUCAGGUGACUUUCCCAAGGUCACACAGCUAGUUAGUGGCAGAGCCUGCACUAGAAUUCAGGUCUCCUGGCUCCUAGUCCAGCGCUCUUUCCACUACACAACACUGCCUAGUUGUGAGCUGCCUUUGUGAGGGUGCUGCCCACUAAGCUGAGCCCCGGGCAAGAGGGCCAGAGUGGGCCACAAGCUCUCACAGGCUCAGACUAAAUCAGGUCGAGGCUUCCCCUGAACAAAGUCCUUUUCCUCGUGGGAUCCCGAUCUCCUACUGAUGGAGUUCUCAAAAUGUUUAGAAAUCUCUCUUCUCUUUUUCAUAGGGUCCCUGCCUUGCUGCUCACAGUAUCCAGACAAAUUGACCUGUUCCUUCCACCAGAAGUUAAUCUUUGUUCCCAAGGGCUGUUGGCUUAGCUUGUGCUUCCCCAACCACUAACCCUGAGCUUUCUUCAUGGAACCUCCUAAAUUACAGAUGGAAGAGUUGUAAGAGCUGGCAGACACAGGGCAAGCGAAGUUAGCCAUCGAAUGGGAGAUAAUUUAAUCAACGUAAGAAGCCAGGAGCUUGACCCAUUCAAAUUGUGUACCUCAGGAGCUUCAAAAGUAAAACCAAAUUUAGGUUAGAAAACAGUUGUCUCAUGCUCAGGGCAGACAUUUGGGGGAAUUUAGCUCUGUUGGCUUUGGGUUAUAUGAUGACCAAAACAGCACAGGAAAUGCUAUGCCUUUCUAGCUUUGCAUGACACAUGGAGCUCUACCCAUCUCACUCCUGUCCAGCAGAGUUAUACCCUGACCUUCUCUCAAACCCAGAAGCACUGGUUCAUAGACUAGAACUGGCAUCUUACCUUUAGCACCUUGACCUUGGCUGCUUUGGUUCCAACUCAGUCAUCUAGUUCCAGCAGAGAGAAUAAGAUGAACCUUUCAGGAUUAAUCAGAGAUUAGGUGUCCCCAGCCCUGUCACUGUGUCCAUCCUGGGGCCUGGAAAUAGCCACAGCUAUUAUUUUACAUGCCAAUGCUAUCUUCAAAUUUUUCCAUUGGGUAUUGAUUAGUGAGCAUUGUUGGCUCCUAAAAAUAGACAAUCCAUUCUCUU